ACAACUCGUUUGCUGUCAAAACAAACAAAGCCUUAUAUUAAAACCCUUCACCUCUCUUCUCUCACUACUUCUCUUCAUUCUAUAAUCGAUUUUCACAUUCAAUCGAUUUUCAUCAUGGUGAAGUUCAGCAACAGCGUGAUCGGAAUUCUGAACCUACUCACCCUCGUCCUCUCAAUCCCCAUUCUCAUCGCCGGAGUCUGGCUGAGCAAACAAGCAAACACCGAAUGCGAACGGUGGCUGGAGAAACCCGUCAUUGCUCUCGGCGUUUUCCUUCUCAUCGUCUCACUCGCCGGCCUAAUCGGCGCGUGUUGCCGCGUUUCAUGGCUGCUCUGGGUUUACCUCCUCGUGAUGUUCGUCCUCAUCGUUCUCCUCUUCGCAUUCACCAUCUUCGCGUUUGUUGUCACCAAUAAAGGUGCAGGGGAAGCGUUGUCGAAUAAGGGGUAUAAGGAGUAUCGGCUUGGAGGGUACUCUGAUUGGUUGCAGAAGAGGGUUAACAAUGAUAACAACUGGAAUAGGAUCAGGAGCUGUUUGCAGUCUGGGAAAGUUUGCUCUGAUUUCAAAUCGAAGUUUCUCAAUGAUACUGUUGAUAAGUUCUAUACUGAGAACUUGUCUGCGCUUCAGUCUGGAUGCUGUAAGCCUUCAGAUGAUUGUAAUUUCACCUAUGAAAAUCCAACUACCUGGACGAAGCCAGCAAAUGCUACUUAUACUAACACUGACUGUGAUGCUUGGAAUAACGAUCAAACCAUUCUGUGCUUCAAUUGCCAAUCUUGCAAGGCUGGUUUAUUGCAGAACAUCAAGACUGAUUGGAAGAAGGUGGCUGUUGUGAACAUCAUAUUCCUCAUCUUCCUCAUUAUCGUGUACUCUGUCGGUUGCUGUGCAUUCAGGAACAGCAGGAGGGACAAUUCAAAUUGGAAGAGAUAUAACUAGGUUGAUAAUGAUCUUAGCAUGUAGAUGAGUUAGAUCAUUUGGUUUAUAUGUUGGAUAAUUUUCUUAAUGGGUUCUAUAUGUGCUGAACUUUAUACUGCUUUUUCAGUACAGUUUGCUAUGUAAAUUUCACAAUUUUAUAUUGCAGUUUUCUAGUA